AUGAGGAAAAGUAGUCCGGACUUCCAGCUGUGCCAGCGGAAAAUGGAGAGAACAUACCUCGUACAGACAACGGAGGAGAUACAACCCGGAGGUUUCGGUCUGUCAAUUGAGGCCAAGAAUGAAGAUAUUGGUACCCCAGAUGAAAUGUGGGAUAAACUACAUACUUCCCUCAUUCAUCUAAUGAAAUUCACCAAGCAACGGUGCAAAAAUUUCAACAAGUUUUACAGCAGGUGCAUGGAAAACCUGAACAACACUCUGAAUGGAGAAGAGAGGAAAGAACAUGGAUUAUUGUUUGCUGUCCAGAUGAUUCCAUCACUCUUCAGAGAGGAUGAGGAAAUGGUGAUCGUGGACAACAUUGAAAUGAUCAAGUCUCCAUCACCUACGUCGGUGGCACAGAAGGACGGACAUUCAGGUGUUCAUCAACGGGGAGCCCAUCUUUGUGACAAAGAUCACAAAAUUUAGUGCAGGAUUUGAAGCCCUUUUUCAUUGUUUUUGGGUGUUUGGGCUCCAGUACCCAAAAAAAAAAAAUAAUAAUAAUGUUUUGGGAAAAAGUAAUUUUCAAAGGAAGCCCAAAGGUUCCAGGAACCGUAAUGUCGUGGGCCAAAAAAAUUGCAGUUGUGUAAGCUUACACUAUCAUCAUCAUCAUCCUUAUAUGUUUACUCAAUAUUAUUUUGUAAUCCCUUUCCAAAAGGGUAAACUGUGUGCAA